GAUUUUUUUACGCUGCCAUUUUGUCCAGUGGAGCCUCAGCCAGCCAGUAGACAGUCAGGCUUCUUCUCAGAGCAAACCAGCUGCCCGGACCUUAUUCACAGUAGAUUGACCACUGUCCAUUGACAAAGUCGCCAAUAACCUGGGAGGUGGCAGCGACAGGACGGAGCCGAGUGAUCAAGAGGACAGGCGGAGGUGGUUGCCAUUUUUCUAACUUCACCUCACCGGCUGCUUUUUCUCUCCAGCUAACCCCCCUAGCCUUUUUUUCGGCUAACGCCCCUUCGAGAACUCUCGCACCAAGAGAGGCGACACCUGUCAUCGCUGGCGUGAUUAAGAAAAAAAAACAACCCAAAGUUCCAACAAUGUCCUUGACUGUUGUGGGUGACUUUUUACGCUUUGUAGAGGAGUUCACGGCCACUUUUUUGAGCGGCAGGAGCUAAUGAGCUAACAAGUUGACGUGGAAGAAGGAGGAACUUUGGUUGUUGGAUUUAGCCUUGAGGUGUCCUUGUUCAUCCUUAAAAGAGAUUAUCCAAGCGAUAUAGCGGACAAGUAUGUUUAUUUGCGAGCACAAAGUUAUUUCCAAUGUGAACAAAACCCGCAGCGGGACUCUAUUUUGGGUCGAGGAUUGCAGCGGAAGCAUGAGCUAACAGUGACUAGCUGAGAAUAGUUAGUGGUAGAUUUAGACAAAUAUUCCACGCACACCUGAAGGAAAGACGUCCUUUACGUCCACUUGAUAGUGAAGACGCAUUGACUUGUCCCUCCGUCCUCCACUGGGAGUCGACCCAUUGAUCCCAUCGUUUUUUUGUUGUUUUUGAGGAGGGAGAAAAAGCAGAGGAGAAGCCAUGUCUGGCCAAUCGAUUACUGAUCGGAUCGCGGCAGCUCAGCACAGCAUGACCGGCUCGGCGAUCAGCAAGGCUGUGUGCAAGGCCACCACGCAUGAAGUCAGUGGACCCAAGAAGAAACACUUGGACUAUUUGAUCCACUGCACCAACGAAAUGAACGUGAACAUUCCCCAGCUGGCCGACACGCUGUUUGAACGUACGGCCAACUCCAGCUGGGUGGUGGUCUUUAAAGCCCUUAUCACCACGCACCAUAUCAUGAUGUAUGGCAACGAGCGUUUCAUCCAGUACCUGGCCUCCAGAAACACCCUCUUUAACCUUACCAACUUUCUGGAUAAAGGAGCCCUGCAAGGUUACGACAUGUCAACCUUCAUUAGGAGGUACAGCCGGUACCUGAACGAAAAAGCAAUGUCCUACAGGCUGGUGGCUGUGGAUUUCACCAAGAUGAAGAGGGGGACUGACGGCGUGAUGCGGACCAUGAACACAGAGAAGCUGAUUAAGACGCUGCCCAUAAUUCAGAACCAGCUUGACGCUCUGCUGGAUUUCCAGGCCAACCCUAACGAGCUCACUAACGGCGUGAUCAACUCCGCCUUCAUGCUGCUCUUCAAAGACUCCAUCAGGCUGUUUGCUGCUUACAACGAAGGGGUCAUCAACCUCUUGGAGAAAUACUUUGACAUGAAGAAGAACCAGUGCAAAGAUGCUUUGGACAUCUACAAGAAGUUUCUUUACAGGAUGACCAAGCUGUCAGAGUUCCUCAAAGUAGCUGAGGAAGUUGGAAUAGAUCAGGGUGACAUCCCAGAUCUCUCACAGAAAACAAAAGGAUCAUACAUUGCACCCAGCAGCCUUUUGGAGGCUCUGGAGCAGCACCUGGCCUCCCUGGAGGGCAAGAAGACCAAGGAGCUGAAUGCAGACACUAGGGCGUCCACUCUGUCCAGCGCCGUCUCAUCCCUCUCCUCCACCGGCAUGUCCUUCACCCGCAUGGAUGAGAAGGAGAAGCAGCUGGCACUGGAGGAGGAGCAGGCCAGACUACAGGCUCUUAAGGACCAGCGUCUGAAGGAAAUCAGCAUGCAGACUCCGCCCUCUGCCUCCCCCAGCAGCCAAUCAAUAGGCAGUAACAACCAUCACGUCACGCCAGUGUUGUUUGGCCCCACGCUCUCAACCAACAGUGUCCCCAGCCUGAACAGCGACCUGUUUGAUCUCCAGCCAGCCUUCAUCCCCACGGUGCAGAGCGCUCCUUCCAUCUCUGCUGCCAACAGUGCCUGGGGAGGACUGGAGAGCCAGCCUCUGCAGCAGAGCGCGUCGGCCAUGACUGUAGAUUUUGAUGCUGUGUUUGGGAAUAAGGCCGCUCUUGCUAAAGACGGAACACAACCAGAAGCUGGUUUUGACACCCUGGGAGAUCUGUUAAAGCCUUCGGUUCCCUCACACACGGCGCCUCCUCUACCCCCUCAAAUGGUCUUCCAGUCUGGAGGGAAGCUGCUUGCCAAUGAUCUGGACUCCUCCCUGGCCAACCUCGUAGGCAAUCUGCAGUUUGGUGGCACAACAUCUAAGAAACCGGAGAUGCAGUGGAGCCAGCCUGGUGAGAAGAAACUGACGGGAGGCCAGAACUGGCAGAACAAGACCAUGUCCACCACCCAGUGGAGCCCGGCCCCCAUGGUUGCACAGCCCAUGCCUGUGCCACACGUGAAUGGAAUGUUCUAUACUAGUUAUGCUCCAGCUUCCAUGGCUUUCCCCAUGACGACACCACAAGUGCCUGUGUACGGAAUGGUCCCUCCCCAGGUGGGUCAAGUGGGUGGGGUACCAGUCAUGGCUCCUCAGCCAGUGAUGUACAACCAGCCUGUCCUCAGACCCACUAACCCCUUUGCACCCAUGCCUGGAGCCCAGAUGCAGUUCAUGUAAUCCAGUCGACAGAGCAGGGGGGAAGCAGAGUGCCAAAAGUGACAAAUUCACAAAAAGAAGAAAAGAUGAGCUGGAGGCAUAAUUUGAUCAAGCUAAGAGGACAAAGAGACUGAAAACCAACCAAUGCCCCAAAAGAAGUUGAUUACCUAACAGAGGGUGGAGGGGCCUGAUUGGUUGUUGUCUGAAUCAACAUGCUGAAGUGUAUGCGUGUGUUUGUGUGUGUGCUUCUGUUAAACAUCUGAGCUGUGUACGGCUGCAUGGAUGGCUGCAUUGAGGGAUGUUUGAGACUGAGAGGAUGCACGUGAGUGUUGCGAUGCUCUCUGCUGCCACAUUAGCUUUAUUUCAUACUGGUGCUAUUUGCUCACCUUGGGGCUCUGUCUGCCUGCAACGGCCAUCCAGAGCACUUUGGAGAGUACCUGUGUGUGUGUGUGUGUGUGUGUGUGUGUGUGUGUGUGUGUGUGUGUGUGCGCGCGCGCGCGUGCGUGCGUGUGUGUGUGUGUGUGUGUUUCGGCUUUUGCUUCAGACAACCACCCUGUUGUCAAGCCACUCCCUCGUUUGCCGUCCCACGGUCCAAUCAGUGAACGAGUUGGAUGCCAGUCACCACAAACGUUCUCUUCGUCAGGACAUCUUUGUACUUUACAUUUUCUUGCGUGCGCUCAUGAUCUUUGAGAUGUUUCUUCAUAUGCGUUUUAAGCCAAAUUGUUUUCUCUGCUUAAUGCUACAAUGACACAUAAAGACGCAGGGCCAAAGUUGUGAUAACUUGCAAGCAUGGUAAAGAGGUGAUCAUGUCAGGUGUCUUCUUAAAGGCCCACUCACAAAGAUUGUUUUGGAGGCCAGCGUGUCUGAGCUCUUUUUUUGACUUGUGUUUUUUUUUCAGAGGCAAAGACAAGUGCACAGCUUAUUGAAAUUUGCACCAUCUGUCCUUUCAUCUUCUCUAACCUGCCCACUAUUAUCUUCUCCAGCAAAGACAUUCAUCAUAUUUGUACCUUUUUCUGGGCAAGCCCACCAUGAUGAUGGUGAUUCCCUGUGAUUGAGUAGAUUGUUCAUUAGAUGGACCCAUGUAAUGGCUAAAUAGGCUGCCUGUUGCCUCUUGUGACCUGUGUAUGUCAUUUUUCAUUUUGAAGUCACUUAAACUGCACUGAUUCUAUUUAAGUGUCUUUAAGUCCCCCCUCCCUCUCACCUCCUGUGGGCCUCAAAUGUUGUCUUGUGGAAAAAAAGACCACCGCCAUAGUAUUCAUCCCAAUGAUUUGAACUGCAUUUUGGUGUGCAAUUCUGUUUCCCAUUGAGGGCUAUUUCUAAAGGUCAGACAAUGUCAAGAGUUUUGCACUUUCUGUGUCAAAAGUGAAGGGGACAAAAAUGGAAAUGCGACAACAUUUUUAAGUUUUACCACAACACACCAGCCACUUUAGCAGGUAACCAAACAUUCCUGCCAUUUGAACAAUGAACUCUUUUUCUACUCUCGGCCACCAGUGAUAGUCCAGUCGCCUCACGUCCAUCCUUAGCCUUGUCACUAGUCGUCCUAUCUCUAGAAGGCUUGUCUUAUUGUUUGCUGUGUGUAGAUAUGUAAAGAUAAACAAUGCUAGUGAUAGUCUCAGGCAUCACUGUUGCUAAUGGAUAGAUAUUGCUCUUGCGCGCUUCUCGUUGCAGUCUUGUGUUAGCGUUAGACUCCUCAUCGUACGCUCCUCGUAGUGCCGUAGAUUUCCCGCCUUGUCCUGUGCUCUAUUGUUUCUUUGAAUCUUUCUUGGUGUCUUACUUUUAGAUAAAAUUCUGGUGCAGGCUGUGUUGUUUCACUUCUCUUCUUGCUGUUAGCAUUGCUCCCCUCUUCUGGUAGAUGUUUUCUUUGUCAAACCUGGUCAUCUGUGCCUCUUUUAACGAAGUCAGCAGCCUACACGGUCUCUGAUUGGACUGUUGAAUAUACAGAGGAAAUCAUUUUAUCCAGGUCUUAUGUCACUAAGACUAAUAACACUCAGCACUUUUGUACAACAUGUUGCAGUUUGAAGGUGGACCUGCUGUGAGUGAGCUCCAAGCGCUAACUCUCUGGCAGCUUCGUCAGGUCUUGGUUACGUGCAAGCUGUGGAGAAAGGACAAUCGCCGCUCUUGUCGAGGUCAAACUGUGGAAGACCUAAAAUUGAGCCCUAAGGAACGCCACAUGAUUCAAACCUAUUUACAGUAUGUGACCUUAGUGAGGAAGCCACUCAGUGUCAACAGUAACUAAAAGCUUAUUAUGGCCCAACAAGCCACUAUGGCAUUCACCAGCUUUUUUAGCAGGGGUUUUGCUUGUUUGGAACAAUUUGGAAGGAGAAACGUGGCCACUAAGGGUUAGAGCAGCCACAUGCGCUUAAAUUUGGAACUGAAGCAAAACCUUUGCAAAAAGUACAUUUAGCUUUUGAAUUCCCACGUGCACACAGUGGAAUCAGCAGCAGCAGAAUGUCCCCCCCUUCCCCACCUGAUGUAAGAAGGUGAAAUCAAACCACAUAAAACCUCACUAACCCGGCUUCAGACUUUUUUUUUUUUUUUUUUUUUUUUUUUUUUUUUUUUUAAACCAACUUCUGUUUCUUAGUGCAAAGCGUUUCUGCAUGGGGCCAGUGGUGGAGCCAGACAUUUUUCAUUGGGGUGGCCAAGGUGAGACCAUUACUCACACAGAGGUGGCAAUAAGUUAAUACCGGAAAUGUCUAGAUGGCCAGUGGGGUGGCCGUAGAGUUGUCAUCCAAGGCCACCAUGUUACUCCGCCACUGCAUGAGGCCCAACCGAGUGUGACACGGCAAGCUCGCCUCCUUCGUCUUGAGUGACUCGUUGCUCUGUGGAGGUGGAAACUAGCGUGGCUCUCAGAUGUUACUGUUAAUGGCCGGUGAGUUAAUGCUAAUGACUUGUUUGUCCAGCUCAUGUUUGACACUGGGAGUUGGGACUCAGGAUAAGAAUUCCUAUGAAAGAGCGUUGAAGGAAAAACUUGGAUAAGCCUUGAUGUCAUAAAAGUGUUCUUAUCAGAGAGCUUGUCUAUCGCUUUCUAAGGUCAGUGAGUGCAUGUUAUUGAUUUUUUUUUCUCCCCAAAAAAGCAUGAUGUGAUUGUGAAGUUGAUCCAUUUUGUCCACAGUCUUUUUCUUCUCAUUUUGUAUUAUUGUUCUUCUCACUUUGUUGGUCCACUCUGAUGGUGGAGCCACAGUAGCAAAGUUGUCUUUGCUGUGUUUUUUCUCCAGCGGUGUGGCGCCACCUGGUGUUAACUACAGCUUGUGAGUUAAAGAAAAAGAACAAGGACAUUGCUGCCGCAGUCAUGCAGAGAACACACGCCCUCGCUAACAUCAUAACCUGCAUUAUAUUCAUUUAUGCUUUUUUUUUUUGGUUGUCAAUGUAGCUAAUUAUGUAAGAUAUCAGCACAGAUGUUAUAUUCCCGCUCAUGUAUGGGGGGGGGGGGGG